GAGUAAACAACAUAGUAACAAUGAAGGACUCUGCCAGCUAUGGUAUAGCCAUGUAGGAACGAAAAAGAAGGCACAGGAGCACUGGCCGUUCCACGUGCGCGUGCUAAAGGCGAGAAGCGGAGCACGUUCCGAGGCGAACAGGCACCCAUGACCCCGACGUCCCGAGAAGCCGCCGCGCUGGAGAAGGCCAGCGCAGUCUCCGGCCGGUCGGAAAGCCGCGGUGCCAUAAUCCAAACGGUGCGGAAGAGAAUUGGGGAAACAAAUGCCGAAUCCGGAUCAGGAACGUCACCCCCCUACGACGAAGACGAACAUCCCAAUCUGACCAGAGUCCAGCUGCGUUCCGCCACACCGCUCAAGCAACAAGCAUUGAUGCCCAACACAAAUGACUACCGCGAUUGCGAGCUCUGGCUCUACAAGGACCGGCUGGGCUGUGUGCACGGACCCUUCUCCGGAGCCCGCAUGGCCUCCUGGUUCGCCUCCGGGUGCUUCCGCAUGUCGUUGCCUGUAAAACGCACUUGCGACCGAGAGUUCCAACUGCUUGGCCAGCUUAUCAAGAGCUGGGGCCGGUUGCCGUUCCGCCAUCAGACUUCUCCAGACCAACACUGUAGCGCUGAAAAGCAGACGGUCACCGCAGGUACGACACCGCCCGCACUGCCGUCAGAGAGCAGCCCCGCGAAGGAAAAGCCGCCCUUGGGCUGCGACGACAAGAUCCUCAAAGAAAGCCAGAUUUCAUUCGUUGACUUGCAGGAAAAACCACGCCCAAUGAUAACGAUAAAGGCCUUGCCGAUGACUGCAGCAAGGCACCCGAAGUGUGCUUUUGUACGCAGUGCCGAACGAGUCAAAGUUCCGCUGGGAUUCCGCGAUGCUGCAGAACUACCUGCUGAAGACAAGCGCACAAAAGACGGCACUAAAGGUGAGGUGAACCAGCACGAAGGUGCCUGGGGCGGCUAUAAGGAGUGCCAGGCAGCAGCCCGAAGCUUCGUGACAGCAGCAGUGACGCAGCCAGCCGAAGCAAAGACUGCGGCCAACCGCCGUUCGACUGCCGCCACUGCUACUGCUCCGAUGACCUGGGCCAAAGUGUGCCAGAAAACGCCGACCAAGCCACGGUGGGAGGAGCCUGCAAAGCAGGAGCCCGUCGCCAUUGAGAACAUGGCGCGGUUCCCGUCGCUUGGUGGCAAGGCUUUUACAGACGCCGUGCAGAACAAAAUAAAAAACCAACAGCAAAUCCAGCAGUACGCAUGGGCACGACGCACAGCUGCCGACCAGGAUUUCACGCGCUGGAGCUACGACAGGCUGAGGAAGCUGCCGUCGUACGUCCACGUGCCGACUUUUUUCGAGCUGCUGAGAGACGUCGACUCCAACGCUGAAAUCGAAGAGUAUGUCCGCAUGCACCUCGGCAACGGCGAAGAAGUCUCGCGCUUUGCACAAGAGUUCGUGCAGCGACGGUCUCAGUGGAAGCAGCUGACGGGCUGGAAGAGUCCGGCUGAGCUUCGUGCGGCGACCGUACGCGUCGACAUGGCGUCGAAAGGCCGAAAGAAAACGCAGAAGCUGAAUGGCACGGCCCUGGGCUUCGUGACGGCAGGAGAAGCUUUCAAGAAAGUGUGAAGGCCGUCGGUCUGAGCUUUCGCAGCCUCGGGGUUGCACAAACUUUUUUUUUUUUUUCGACACCUGUGAAGACAGCACACUAUAAAAUAAAGUUUUUUUAAGAGUUCA